CGCCAACCUCAACGUCCUGUAUCAGGUUUACAUCCUGGCCUCAAGAUAGGUGAUUGCUGGAGACGAAAUGUAAGCCAAUAAUUGUGAACCUUAUCGUUCUUUAUCAAUCACCAUAUCAGAACCUACGUCCUAUCAGUGGGGCCUACCUUCAGUGCGGAGAUGUGGGGAUGGUAGGAGUUAAAACUCCAGUUCAGCCAUGACGAAGACUGCAUUGGUUGGCAACUCUGUCCUCUGGUCUUCCCCAAGCAAUUUUCAUCUUCAUCAUGCGUACUUCUCAGGAACUUCCGAAGGACAGUAAGGCAUUCGCUACCGCAGAAGACAUGGAGCUGCAGAGAAGCAACGUAGACGCCAACCAUCUCCAAAAGCUUGACAGUUCGGUCGUGGGACAGGUCGAAGAUCUCGAUGAGGGUAGCCAGUUUCUCAGGCAGCACAACUAUACAUCGGAGUACCUCUCGGAGCUACUCCAAGACGAGGCACUCAACAAGCGACUCGUGAGAAAGGUCGACCUGUUGCUGCUGCCAUUGCUGUGCGGUACCUACUUUUUGCAGUACAUCGACAAGCAGGCCGCUAGUUACUCGGCGGUUUUCGACCUUUUCGAGACUACUGGCAUCACUGGGACUCAGUAUUCUUGGCUCGGAUCCAUAUUCUACUUCGCGUACCUCAUUGCCGAAUGGCCGUCUGCCUACCUUGCGCAACACUUCCCAACCGGACGAGUCGUUUCCACAUACUGCUUUUGCUGGGGUACCGUCAUGCUUUGCACGGCUGCGACUCACAACUUUGCUGGCUUCGCCGCGACGAGGUUUUUGCUUGGGAUCUUUGAGAGCAUUGUCACACCUGCUUUCAUGAUGAUCGUCAGUAUGUGGUACGUUGGGCAACAACAGCCUGCAAGGGCUGGUAUGUUCUACUGCUUCAACGGCAUCGGCAACGCGGCGGGAGGCAUACUGUUUUACUGUGCUGGAUACGCGAAAGGCUUCGCUGUCUGGAAGAUCAUCUACAUCAUCUGCGGCGGUAUGACGGUCCUUUGGGCCACAGUACUAUUCAUCAGACUGCCAGACAACAUCAUGACAGCCAAGAGUUUCACCGUCGAGGAGAAGGCGCUUCUCAUUGCCCGUUCAGCUAAGAACCGUACUGGUGUGUACAACCGGAAAAUCAAGCUACCACAAGUCUGGGAAGCGCUGUCAGACCCUCAGAUAUGGAUUUUGUUUGUGUACACUUUACUGAACGAAGUCAUCAACGGUGGUAUUGCCAACUUUGGGAAGCUCAUCAUCAAGGACGUUGCAGGUGGUGACUCUCUGAGGACUACGUUGUACGGCAUACCGUCAGGCUUCGCGCAGGUGUUUUGGGUCUUCACCGGGCCGUACCUCGCUUCUCGUCUGCCAAAUGCUCGCACAUACAUCAUGGUUCUCUACCUUUGUCCCACAAUUAUUGGUACUUGUCUUAUCUGGCGAUUGCCUAGAAGCAACCUUGCUGGCAAUCUUGCAGGCUACUACAUGAUUGGCGCGUACGUCGGCUCGCUCGUCAUUGCGCUUCAAUUGCCAGCCUCGAACGUGGGCGGAUACACAAAACGAACUACCAGUACGGCCUUCGUCUUCUUGGCCUACUGUGUAGGCAACAUCAUCGGUCCUCAAGCGUUCAUAGCGAAGGAAGCACCAAAGUACGAGACUGGGGUCAAGACCAUCUUAGCGUGUGCCAUUGUGCAGUGUGUGCUUGCACUCUGCCUGCGAGCUCUUCUGGCCAGGCGAAACGCUCAGCGUGACCGCGAAGAAGCCGCAAACCCCUCCCAGGAUGAUGUGGUCGAGGGCGAGAUGGAAACUAUUGAUGACACUACUGAUUUUCAGAACAGGAAGUUCAGAUACGCACUAUAGAAGCAAGACGCUUGCCACAUACACCAAGUCGGCCGUAGGGAUUUAUGUAGCUAAAUGGAUAUAAUGAGCAGACUCAGAACCACGACGACAGGCCUCUCUGGAAUUCACAUUGUAUCUGAAUCCUGCACCAGUUGGGGCUAUAGCUUGUGUCGGGGUAAAGCGAUUGCUUGCCAGCGCGAUUGGCCCCGAGAAACUCACCACGUCCUGGGCAUAAUAGAACAAUCAGCUUUAGA